ACGUUUUGUAUUGUCAAUGUUUUCAAUCGAUGUAUAAUCACCGAAUUCAAUACAAAUAAAAUGUACACUAUUUAAAAAUACAAACAUUACAAUGAAGUGUGUAACUGUUAUUUUUUGAAUGCGUACGUCCGGUGCAAAAUUUUCAAUUUAUCUUGAAGCGCCAUGUAUUCGAGCUUGAAUAAUUGGUCGGGCUCUUUUUUCCGUCCAAUUUCUAUUCAACUUGGAAUACAUUUGAAGUUCUCAGGUUGUUGGUUGUUGGUUGUUGUGCGCAAUGUUCCAACUCUCAGCAUUCACACCCAAAAAAAAUAACGCGUUUGACGUAACACAAGGCCCACGCGACGAGGGCGGUUAAAUGACGUUGUUUGCUUUUCGAACAAAAUGUUGCUGCAGCGUCAACACACUGGUGACGCUGAAUGAGUUGAAAAAGGCUAACCCUACGUCGUUGUCAACUGCGUUUUAUUGCGACUCGCUUCGCCACUCGUAUCUCGCGUGUUCUAAUUCGGCCUCCGUAGUUUCGCAUUGUGGCAGCCGUUGCUAGGCUACCGUGACCGGUUCCCGUAAACACGCCUAACCCUUCGACGCCACGGUAAACCACGAAAUCAAAGAAACAAUACCACCGUAGAUUAUUUGAGGAAUGUAAAAUAUCCAUUUGUUGACUUAUACUGAAGAGUUUUGCGGAUUUGAGCGUCAGCCCACCCGAGAAGUUUGAAGCCCACCAGAGAUGCCUGCUACUGACCUUUUGGCCAAGGAGGAGAAGUACAAGCUGCUAAAUGCAAAGCUGGAGGCCAAAGCGGCCAAUCUGGCAAUGCAAGCAGAUCAACUGAAGAAAGAACGAGAUGAUUUUCUGUCCAAGCCUUCAGGCGCGCUCCCGCUGCAGGAUUCCGAGGAUGAAAAAGCCGCAAGGUCUUUCCUCCCAUAUUCCCAAAACAUGCACGUUAGUGUUGAAAUGAAAACCGAAAUAGUGCCCUGGCCCCGGCCCCGGCACCGGCCGGCUGGCGACCGUCCGUCCAGGGUCGACGCCGCCUCUCGCCCAAAGUCAGCAGCAGAAAAUGGAUCGAUUGCAAUCACCCAUGUUUGUUUCUUCUACUUUCCAUUCUCUUCCAGUAACACCAAGGAUCGAGAAACACCUGUGCCUAAGCCUCGCAAGGCGGAACCCAAAAAGUCACCGACGUCGGAAGCACCGGCGCCCCAUUCGAACCCGGCAGUUUGCGGAGACGCUUCGGGAGAUUCCGCCGAAUCCUUCGUGGCGACGGCGAUCAAAAACAUAGAGGGCAGGAUGAACCGUUUGGUCCCUCACGACAACGUGUUCGGCGGUGGCGACAACGAAGGGACGGGCGUUUCUUGUGCACAAGUCCAUGCCCUGAUGGCCAAUAUCAAGAUGAUGCAAGAGGAAAUGGAUCAGCUUCUCAGUGAAAGAAAAAGGAAGGAUGAUGAAAACAUCAAGCUGAACACCAAAGUCAAGCAGCUGGAGGAGGAUCGGAUCAAGCUCCAGAGGACCGUCAACAUCCAGCAGACCAAGACGGACAAGCUCAAAGCUUCGGAAAGCGAGGCGGCCGUCAAACGCGACAGCCUUCAGCUGCAAGUGUCCGCUUUGCAAAAGGAAAUGGAAAAGCUGAAUAAAUCCAGCAGGCAAGGAGCAGCCGCUCACAACGCCGUGGAGCUCCGUCUCACCAGAGCUCUGGAUGAGGCGGAACGCUUCAAGUCGGAACUCAACAAAAGCAAACAGAUGAACAGGGACAAGACCAACGAGGAACAGCAGACUCGGGAAAAUCUACUGGCGGAAAAUAAACUGCUGAAAAAGCAGAAAGGGGAACUGGUCGUGGGUUUGAAGAAGCAGCUCAAGCUGAUCGACGUUCUUAAAAGACAAAAGAUGCAUCUUGAAGCUGCCAAACUGCUCUCGUUCACAGAGGAAGAGUUCAUCAAGGCCCUCGACUGGGGCAAAACAUAAAAGACUUCCUCCUAUUCCUUCCGAGGUCGUGGGACAUCGCUAAUGUAGCUACUGUAUUUUACCUCCUUUCGCUAAACAUGAAUGAUCCCCCAAAAAAAAAAAUGACAUUAAAACCAUUGCCGUGGACCCACC